AUGACAUCAUUGCUAUUGUUGGAUUCCAUGCUCUCAGUGUCACACAAGCAUAUGGACCUGAAAGAAGAGUUGAGUGCUUACAAAACACGCGUAGCCAACAGAAAGGUGAAGGCAGUAGACAUGGAAGCUUUCUACUUUAUGAAUCAAGCCAUUGAGAGCUUCAAGAGAAAAGAAGUACCAGGCAAAGCAGUCGUCAUGAAAGGAAUUGCCGCAACUGAAUGGCUGAAAUUAGUAGUCAAGUCACUAAAUGGGGAAGCUGUGCAAUUGAAGGCAAAGUCAUCCGAUACUAUUGCCACACUGAAGGAGCAACUUUCUAGCAAGAAAGACUCUUCGUCCAUGGAUCAACUACUCCUUCUCUAUGGAAAACAAUUGCGUGAUGAGCAAACAUUGUCUGACGCAGGAUUAGCUAAUGGAAUGACACUGAGUUGUGUUGCUUGUCCACUUAUUGUGCGAGCUUUGCAGCGAGGACCUACGACUAAAAUAACUCGAGUCAAGAUUGUCAUUGUUGGCAAAGACGGAACUGGCAAGACAUCCUUUAAGCGAUCCUUGCUCAAGCAGAAGUUUCAGAAAGGUGAACUAAGCACACCUGUGGUGGCUAGACCAGAAGUGGCUGUUUGUGAAGCAUGCAACUGGAGAGUUUUGCAUGACAAAGACGAGGAAUUGUUAGAUAGACAAAUAGCUAGAGCAGCGAUCCAUGCACAGGGUACUGCUAAUGUAGAUGAGUCAGGCAGCGAAGACGCCAACCAAACAAACGAUGAGAAUAGAGAAAUCAUUCACAGUCAAUUGGGCACGAACACAAGCAGUGAAGCAACUGCACCAAUUCAAGAUACUGCCAGCGCAACUAACACUGACGAGCUAGACAACAAAGCAGCUGCAGCAAUUGAUGAUGCUGAAAGCAGCACGGGUGAUGACAAACUGGAUGAAGCAAUUGUUCUAACCGAAUCAAUUGGUCGUGCUAUAGAGCAGUUUAAAAAUGAUCCCGAUUUACUGAAGCAAGAAGCUUCCAAAGUGUAUUAUGCCAUCUGGGAUUUAGGAGGUCAGGAAGUCCUACUUCCUGGUCAACAACAAGCCAUCACACCAGGAAGUAUUGUUUGUGUCGUUUUUGAUGCACGCAAGUAUCUCGAUGACAUAGCUCAAUCAUUCCACUGUUCUUCUACUACCUUAAAAGAAACCCAGAUUCCUAACGUGUGGAUUGAAACCAACUAUGAUGCUGUGUCUUUAUGGGCAUCUGGUACUUUCUUGGCAAGAAUUGAGGAUUGGCAUAUAUUAGAGCAAUAUGCAUCCCCAGUCAUGUUCCUGAUCGGAACACAUAUCGCUGAAGCCAGUGAAGAGAUGAUACAGAAACAGAAUGCAUUUCUGUCUAAGAAGUUUUGUGAUCAGCAAUUUACAGAGCACAUCUACCAACCAAGCAACCAACUCGAUGAUUGGUUUUUCCAUGUUGAAAACUCGGUAUCUGACCCAGAAUCUCCAACUGAGCAUCCGGGUGUGAUUGCAGUUAAGCACGCCAUUGAAACGUUAACAGGCGAUGAGUCAUUUAAAAGUGUGAUACCAGCAACUUGGUCAGUGCUGGAGAAAAUCUGCGAUGCUUUAGAAAAGAAAUCGAGCAGUGCCUUGUCGUAUGUCAAAGUUAUCAUGCCUUUUGCCGAGCGAUUGUGUCGUAUCUUUGACGAGGCAGAAGUUCGUCUUGCUUUGGUGUAUUUGGAUAAAGCCGGAUCAGUAAUAUUUCCUCAGGCAUAUUUAAAUACAGCCAGAUCAUUAGAAUUUCGUCAGAAAAGUGAGAAGUUGAAGGAUGUAGUUGUCACCAAACCGAACUGGCUUUUCAAGGUUUAUUCAGUAAUUGCAUCCGUUUAUUAUCCUUCUGGGUUAUUAAGUAAGCCUUGGAAAGAAGCAAAGAAAUCAGGAAUAGUUAGUUGGAAACUGAUGAAGGAUUUCCUUGAAAAGGUAGGAGUGAAGGAAGAUGAGUAUGAAAUUGCAUUGAAUUUGUUGAACUGGUUCUAUAUGCUCUGCCCUAAACCUUCACCAUCUGCUCCAGUAAGUUCUUAUGAAACAGACUACUUUGUUCCAUGUCUACUAGAGUCUGAGUCAAAAAGGCAACCAGAAGGUGCUGCUCGUGAAUCCAAAUGAUUGUAAACCAUUGUCACUCA